CCAUCACUCCAUUUCUUCACUCGGAACUGUUCGCGUGUGUGUGUAAUAAUUGAGUGCUGUAAUUUGAAUCCGCGAACAACGUACGAUGGCUGAUAAGAUGGAUAUGUCCUUGGACGACAUCAUCAAGCAGAACCGGCAACGCGGUGGAGGCCGUGGCGGGAGAGGCGGAGGCCGAGGAGGAUCUGGCGGAGGCCGCGGUGCUGGAGCAGGCCGACUCGGGGGAAGCGCCUUUGGUGGACGCGGAGGCGGCGGCGGAUCGGGCCCAAUGCGGAGUCGUCAGAAUUUCAGUCGGGGAAGAAGUAGCAGACCCACACCGUACAGCAGGCCAAAGCAGCUUCCAGACAAAUGGCAACAUGACAUGUUUGACAAUGGAUUCAGCAGUGGUGGAGGUGGCGGUGGUGCUGGAGUAGAGACUGGUGGGAAGCUCUUGGUUUCCAACCUCGACUUCGGUGUUUCUGAUGCAGAUAUCCAGGAGCUGUUUGCAGAGUUUGGCACCCUAAAGAAAGCAGCAGUGCAUUACGACCGGUCGGGACGGAGUUUAGGGACAGCAGAUGUACACUUUGAGAGGAAAGCAGAUGCAUUAAAAGCAAUGAAACAAUAUAACGGGGUCCCUCUUGAUGGUCGCUCAAUGAAUAUUCAGCUAGUCACGUCACAGAUCGAUGCACAGAGAAGACCACCAGUCCAAAGUUUAAGCAGAGGUGGUGGUGGCAUGAACAGAAACAGAGUGGGAGCUGUUGCAGGUGGCUUUGGGGGCCCUAAUAGACGUGGUGGUUCCAGAGGAAGAGGAAGGGGAGGCAGAGGAAGGGGAGGCAGGAGUGACAAACAGCCGCUGUCUGCAGAGGAGUUGGAUGCACAGCUGGACGCUUACAAUGCAAGGAUGGACACCACCUAACAACUUUCUCUACAACUUCAGUUUUUUCUUCUUCCCCCACUUGGGGAGGACACAAGAUCAGUGUGUCAAUUGGACAAGGAGUGGCGAAUUUGUUGUACAUGUAGCUGUUUUUUGGAAUAGGUUUUAAAUUCACAUAGUUGUCCCCUUUUUUAUUUUUUUUUUCUCCAAGCUUUUUGUACCAAUUUUAUUUGGAGGGGAAUUUUAUUGGUUGCCUGCUACUGUGGGAAGUGUAUAGGGAGUAUGCUUGCUCCCAUUCAUUGUAAUAAACCUACAGUGUAUAUUAACCAAA